AUGAAGGCUUGGCUGGUGCUGACCAGCCUGUUCGUGUCCAGCAACACGUUCAACAUCGACACGAAGAAUGCCGUGCUGCACACGAUGCCGUCUGGCUACUUCGGAUACUCACUUGACUUUUACAACGAAGAAAAAGGCAUGCCUGUGCUUGUGGUCGGUGCUCCCGAGUCAGAGUCAACCAACCCGAGUUUGCGGGGUAUUCGGAGGCCUGGCGCCGUCUACACCUGCUCCGUGAACAAAGCCACUUGUCGAGAGGUACACGUCGACAAGAAACCUGGAAACGAACGACGUUUGAACGGUUCAGUUCUGGCUCCGAUCGAGGACAAAGCACACCAGUUCUUUGGUGCCACCGUCAAGUCGAAUAAGAAGCAUGAUAAGCUCUUAAUGUGCGCUCCAAAGUACAAAUACUUCUUCUCAAAGUUCGAGGUAAUUGAGCCCGUUGGUACGUGUUUCUUCGCCGAGCAGGGCUUCACCCGCACGGAGGAGUUCGCUCCCUGUCGCCAAGAACGUGAGUUCAGUGCCGGCCAGAGGUGUUCAUCGGAGCGCCUGGAGUGUGGUACUGGCAAGGAGCGAUUUUUAGUCAGAACAUCAGAAACGUUAGCGACCGCCCAAACACGGAGUAUGGAGGAAAGGAGGUACGCCACUGCCAGUGGUGAUCUCGAUGGCGAUGGUGUUGACGACAUCGUCGCUGGCGUGCCGAGAGGAAACAACCUGGCUGGAAAAUUGGUUCUGUACACUUCGCGACUGAAGAUGCUCUUGAACCUCACCGACUCCGUCUCUCAACAACAGGGACAGUACUGUGGCAGUAGUGUGGCGGUGACGGAUCUGAACAAGGAUGGGAGAGACGAUAUCAUAAUGGGAUGCCCCUUCUACACUGACUAUGUGACCGUGAAGGAUGUGAAAACGCAGGAGCGAAAGCCACAGUACGACGUUGGCAAAGUGGUCGUGUUCUUCCAGACCUCUCCGGGAGUGUUCGACCGUCAGGAAGUGAUUGUCGGAGAAGAUCAGUGGGGUCGAUUCGGAUUUUCACUUGCGGCAACUGGAGAUCUUAACCAGGAUGGUUAUAACGUCAGCGUGUAUGCGUUUAAGGAUCACGUUCACUCCAGUAGAUUUCUUGCAGAUGUCGUCGUCGGUGCGCCCUAUGCCGGCAAAAACAUGGCUGGAGCGGCGUUCAUCAUACACGGCAGCAAAGACGGUGUUCGUACCAAGUACACCCAGAAGAUCGAAGGCCACAAAUUCGGUCCACGGAUGAGGACGUUUGGUUUCUCGGUCGCUGGUGGUGUCGAUAUCGACGGCAAUGGAAUGCCUGACAUCGCGGUUGGAGCAUGGAAAAGUGGCAAUGCAGCUGUGCUGACGACGAAGCCGGUGGUGACGCUGACAGGGCAGACGGACGCAGAUAGCGUCACCAUCAACGUCGAGGACAAGAACUGCGACGUCGACGCCAAGAUCGGCAGGCAAUCCUGUCGGAACAUCAACACCUGUCUUCGCUAUGAAGGACGCGGAGACACUCCGAACAGCUUGGAAUUCGUGCUUCGCUACAAUCUCGACGAUCAUUCACCUGAACCGAGAGCGUACUUCCUGCAGAGAGACAUAAAUGCUGAUCGCGAUAUCAGCAUCGCGAAGGAGUCCAAGACUCGGGAUCAUCCUAACAUUAUCGAAAGGCGAGUACGGCUUGAAAAGAAUCGACUAAAAUGCAUCAAACAGCGAUUCUUCGCUUCCAGCACUAUGAGGUAG